AUGUUAUUAAUAUUGGCAUGUUCACAUGUUCGGUUUCAUUGGUCACUUGAGGUGUACGAAAAUGAACGUAUCGGUUAUGUUUUUAAGGAUCGAUCGCUGUUGGAGCUUGCUUUGACACAUCCAUCGUAUCGCACCAACUACGGCACGAACGCAGAUCAUGCGCGCAAUACUGAUAAUAAUGAAAUGAAUAAAGGAUUCCAUACGUUAAUGGAAAUAAUGUCGAAGUUGGGAUCGCGUAAAGUGGAGCAAUCGCCAUUGAAUCACAACGAACGAUUGGAGUUUUUGGGUGAUGCGGUGAUUGAGUUCAUAACGACGAUUCAUUUGUUUUAUAUGUUCACCGAGUUGGACGAAGGCGGCUUAGCGACAUAUCGAUCCACAAUGGUGCAGAACAAGAAUCUCGCCUGUCUUGCCAAAGUUAUUUUCAUGUUGUAUGCACACGGUCCAGAUCUUUGUCAUGAAUCCGAUCUGAGACAUGCGAUGGCUAAUGCGUUUGAGGCCAUGAUGGCUGCGAUUUAUUUGGACGCUGGAAUUGAUCAGUGCGAUAGAAUAUUUGGAAAUGCGAUGUUCGGCGAUAAUAAAGAUCUUUUGAAUGCUUGGUUUGAAUUAGAAGAACAUCCGUUAAAGCGUGAUAAUCCAUACGGCGAUCGACAUUUGAUAAAAGAAGUUCCCUCGUUGCAAUUGUUAACCGAAUUCGAGAAGAGUAUCGGCAUCACCUUCAAACACAUUCGUGUGCUGGCGAAGGCGUUCACUCGUCGAAAUAUUGGAUUCAAUAAUUUGACUUUAGGUCACAAUCAACGACUCGAGUUCUUGGGUGACACUGUAUUGCAAUUGAUCACAACUGAUUAUCUUUAUAAGCACUUUCCGAUGCAUCACGAAGGGCAUUUGUCCAUAUUGCGCACGUGUUUGGUCAGUAAUAAGACUCAAUCGGUGAUAUGUGACGAUAUUGGAAUGACAAAGUAUUUAGUGAUGCCAAAAGCGAUCAAGAAGAAUGGAAUUCCGAUUUUGAGAAUUAAGGAUAAGGCGGAUCUUGUCGAAUCGUUUCUGGGCGCAUUAUAUGUAGAUCGUGGUCUUGGAUAUUGUAAAAUAUUUUGUCGUGUUUGCUUCUUUCCACGUUUAAAGUAUUUUAUCGUUUCACAACGUUGGAACGAUCCUAAAUCGCAACUGCAACAGUGUUGUCUAACGUUGCGACAGAUGGAUGGCGACGAACCAGACAUACCAGAAUAUAGGACGAUUGCUGUUGAAGGCCCUACCAAUACACGCCUCUACAAAGUGGCCGUUUACUUCAGGUCAUUUUCAGGAUUUAUUGUUGUUUUUUUUAAAAUAUUAUCAGAUACUUUUUUAGUCUGCAUUUAUCGUUAUUAUCAAUCGUUUGUGAUAAUGAAUAUUAGGCGGAAACGACUGGCGGUUGGAAGUGGU